UGUCGGGGACCGCGCAUUCCAGGCCUUUGACAAGCAAAAUGGCGGACGAACCUUCACAGUUGCUUCCUCUUGAACUGAUUGAUAAAUGCAUUGGGUCAAGAAUCCACAUCGUUAUGAAAAGUGACAAAGAAAUUGUUGGUACUCUACUUGGAUUUGAUGAUUACGUCAAUAUGGUUCUUGAGGAUGUCACAGAAUAUGAAAAUACCCCAGAAGGACAACGCAUCACUAAAUUAGACCAAAUUCUGCUCAACGGCAACAAUAUUACCAUGCUUAUUCCAGGUGGAGAGGGUCCUGAUGUAUGAGAGGAGAGAUGGUACAUGAAUUUUUUAAAAUUGUACACCAGAUAAUCUACAUAAUCUUGCAUAUGGAACAGUCCCUUUUACGAUCAACUAUUUACUCAAGCAUCGUAACAUUGUAGAAAAUGUUGGUAUAUAAUUUAUUUAACUAUAAUAUACUUUUUGUCCAGCUUUUUUCAGUCAUUUCAUUUUGUUACAAAAUACUUUGUUGAUGUUGAAAUAAUAAACCUAUCAUGACCUCCA